UAUUAGUUUCAUUCGCUCUCGUUGCAGAGCUCAUUCUGCUUCGCGAGACGUCAACGAGAACCGGUUCUACUUCGCUUAAACUCAAAACAUAAUAAUUACUAAGAAUUCUUCUUUUUUUAUACAAUAACAACAAUGUACGCUAUUAGGAGAAUUGUGACAGCUAAUAUCACUAAGGAACAAUGUGCAAGAUUAAAACAUACCCUACCAGAUUUACCUUACGAAUACAAAGCAUUGGAACCAAUAAUAAGUGCAGAAAUUAUGCAAUUGCAUCAUUCUAAGCAUCAUGCGACUUAUGUUAACAAUUUAAAUGUUGCCGAAGAAAAGAUGAAAGAAGCUGUCGCCAAAGGUGAUGUAAAUACACAAAUUGCGCUUGCUCCUGCUAUUAAAUUUAACGGAGGUGGUCAUCUUAAUCAUAGUAUCUUUUGGGCUAAUCUAUCACCCCAUGGUGGUAAUCCAGAUGGUACCCUUAUCAAACAGAUAGAAAAAGAUUUUGGUUCUCUCGAAGAGAUGAAGAAACGUUUAUCAGAAAGUACCAUAGCCGUUCAAGGUUCUGGUUGGGGAUGGCUUGGAUAUGAUCCGAAAUCUAAGUCCCUCAGAAUUGCAACCUGUGCGAAUCAAGAUCCUCUACAAGCUACAACUGGUCUCGUACCACUCUUUGGUAUCGACGUUUGGGAACAUGCUUAUUAUCUUCAGUAUAAAAAUGUACGACCGGAUUAUGUAAAAGCAAUCUUUGAUAUUGUUAAUUGGAACGAUGUCAAUGCUCGCUUUAAACAAGCAGCUGGCUGCUAAUUGCAUUAACAUAUGAAAACCAGUGUAAUACAUCACAUUGAAAAUUAGCAUUGUGCACCAUAUAAAGCACUCAUCGAUUUUAAUAUUUUCUUUUUAUAUAAAAAAAGUCUAAAACACCUA